AUGUCUGAAAAUCCUACAUCUUCAGAAACUGAUCAUGAGUCAAUCAAUAAUUCCGAUGCACCGCCAAAACUAACUCCUGAAGAAAUAUGUCCAUCUUCGAUGCAGCAACAGGAGCAAGAAGGUGAAAAAGAUACAGAAAAGGAAAGUAAUAAAGAAACUGGAGUACGAGUACAACCAAAAGUUUCUGUCCAGGAUAUAUUUACUCUAGCAAGCAAUUCUUUUAAUGAAAUUUCUAAUCUUUACUCAUUACUUAAUGAUCAAGAGAAUAGUAAAUAUGGUAAUAUUUGGACUGUAGAUCAUGCAAAUCGAUUAAAAGAUUCCAUAGCAACGUUUACAAAAGAUAUUUCUCUUAUUUCAAAGGAUAUUCAAGAAAGAGCUCACAAAAGAAUUAAAGUGGAUCUUAAAAAAUCAGAUGUUAUCAAAACAGAAGUUAUACAUCGACCCACAAUAUCCUAUCAGACAUUUCCACAAAGGCCAAGGCAGUUUGUUACACAGGCUCGUCCUCAAAUCGCAAACAAAGUUCCAAUUCAACGUCCAAUGCCAGUUCCAAGCAGAACAGGUCCAAUGAAUAGACCUAGACAGAUUAAUGUUACUCAAACAGAUAUUAGUAACACUUGUUUGAUUCCAAAUCGUCCAAACAUGGCUACUAAGCGGCCUUUUCAAUCUCUUUCUUCAAAAAGUUCUUUCACAUCAACUGUACCAUUUUCAUCUUUAGCAAAAAGUGUUCCUGUUCACAAUUCGACAAACAAUGAAAUUAGGAUGGUGCCUACAAGCAGAGUGCGUUUAAUUCAGAAACGUAUGUUUACGAAUCAACAAUAA